CCGUGGACGCCGCCGAGUAAGCAUCGUUAAAGUCUCCCCUCCCACCGCCGUCAUGUCUAAGUCAGAGUCUCCCAAAGAGCCUGAACAGCUGCGGAAGCUCUUCAUCGGAGGUUUGAGCUUUGAAACAACCGAUGAGAGUCUGAGGAGCCAUUUUGAGCAAUGGGGAACACUUACGGACUGUGUGGUAAUGAGAGAUCCAAACACCAAGCGCUCCAGAGGCUUUGGCUUUGUCACAUAUGCCACUGUGGAGGAGGUGGAUGCAGCCAUGAACGCAAGACCACACAAGGUGGAUGGGAGAGUUGUGGAACCAAAGAGGGCUGUCUCAAGAGAAGAUUCUCAAAGACCUGGUGCCCACUUAACUGUGAAAAAGAUUUUUGUUGGUGGCAUUAAAGAAGACACUGAAGAACAUCAUCUAAGAGAUUAUUUUGAACAGUAUGGGAAAAUUGAAGUGAUCGAGAUCAUGACUGACCGGGGCAGUGGCAAAAAGAGAGGUUUUGCUUUUGUAACAUUUGAUGACCAUGACUCUGUAGACAAGAUUGUCAUUCAAAAAUACCAUACUGUGAAUGGCCACAACUGUGAAGUAAGGAAAGCCCUAUCUAAGCAAGAGAUGGCUAGUGCUUCAUCCAGCCAAAGAGGUCGAAGUGGUUCUGGAAACUUUGGUGGUGGUCGUGGAGGUGGUUUUGGUGGGAAUGACAACUUUGGUCGUGGAGGGAACUUCAGUGGUCGAGGUGGCUUUGGUGGCAGUCGAGGUGGUGGUGGAUAUGGUGGCAGUGGGGAUGGCUAUAACGGAUUUGGUAAUGAUGGAAGCAACUUUGGAGGUGGCGGAAGCUAUAAUGAUUUUGGCAAUUACAACAAUCAAUCCUCAAAUUUUGGACCCAUGAAAGGAGGAAAUUUUGGAGGCAGAAGCUCUGGCCCCUAUGGUGGUGGAGGCCAAUACUUUGCCAAACCACGAAACCAAGGUGGCUAUGGUGGUUCCAGCAGCAGCAGUAGCUAUGGCAGUGGCAGAAGGUUUUAAUUACUGCCAGGAAACAAAGCUUAGCAGGAGAGGAGAGCCAGAGAAGUGACAGGGAAGCUACAGGUUACAACAGAUUUGUGAACUCAGCCAAGCACAGUGGUGGCAGGGCCUAGCUGCUACAAAGAAGACAUGUUUUAGACAAUACUCAUGUGUAUGGGCAAAAAACUCGAGGACUGUAUUUGUGACUAAUUGUAUAACAGGUUAUUUUAGUUUCUGUUCUGUGGAAAGUGUAAAGCAUUCCAACAAAGGGUUUUAAUGUAGAUUUUUUUUUUUUUUUUUGCACCCAUGCUGUUGAUUGCUAAAUGUAAUAGUCUGAUCAUGACGCUGAAUAAAUGUGUCUUUUUUUAAAA